AUGGGAACGACUUUUCGAAGAGUUGCUGUUUUCCUAGCUUUGAUAUUUUAUCUGGUAAGCCUUUCUUUGGUUGUAUGCUCACUUUUUACCGAACACUGGGUUGUUUCUAAUGUAACGUACGAAAACAGAGUGAGUACUAAGCAAAGCAAGGUCAACUCUGGUUUACUCAGUGGAAUACGACAAAUUGACUGGGGAUUUGGUGUACGAUACAUGCCAUUCUCAGUUCUCAGUGAGAUUCAAGACGACGUCAGCUUUUAUAGUCGAAUACUAUGGAUAUUCAUUCUUUUCUUUAUUGCUAUUGGUAUUCUAUGGAUCUCUGUUGGCAUCAUAACGUCUCUGCUCUCGUCGUUCAAUGCAAAAGAAAAUACAAUAGCAGGUCCAAUUGGCACAUAUUUGUGGAGCUCGCUAGCUUUGCUGUCUUUAACCGCUUCUUGUGUCAUAUUCUACAUCCAGUACCACAGCACAAUGCAGGGAAGUCUUCUCACACCCGAACAAGUUCAAGCUGGAUACUCGACGAAAGGACAAGUGAAGCUUGGCUUCUCGUUCUACAUGAUGCUCGGUGCUAUAGUAGCUCUCUAUUUCCCUCCAUUGCUCAUUUUCAUCUCAGCUGAGAGGAAGAAGAAAGGAAAAUCAGCGAAAACAAACUCGAAUGAUCCCACUGCUUUAUUGUAUUAGAUUAUAAGUUAUUGUUUGUACAUUGGUGUUGUUGAGUUCAGAUGAGCUUGCAAUAUGAAAUUAAUGAAAUUUAGUUCAGUUCAUCUUCUGUUCAGGUUUACAAUGGUAGUCCGUCACCGAAAAGAACAUUGACGAACUUCUUGGC